AUGGGAAAGAAAAAGUCAAAUUCAGCCAGUGCUGCUCAAUCAAUGGAAUCUUCUGUGGCACCGAUUCUUGAGAUUGGCUACAAAGACCCAUUGUUCACAGUAGCUGCACAUCCCACAAGGCCAAUAUUCAUUUCUGGACUUGGAACGGGACAUUUGUUUUGCAACACUUACGAUGCAUCAAAGCUAGAAGAGGAGAUGGAAUCGAGACGGGAAAAGGUUGCCGAGCUUGACAAACGUGCUUAUGCAGAGGGCAAAAUCCCACAUGUCACAAAAUCAGUGUCACAACUGAAAACCAAGUGGUGGACGUCUGUUGAGGAGUAUCCUAACGACGCUCCAGAAGCUCAAACAAAUAUCACGACUGAUUGGAAGACAAAACGGCACAAGGGAUCGUGCAGACACGCCAUCUUUGAUCCCAGAAACAAUUCAUUGGGGGAAUUUGUGUACACUUGUGGGUCAGACAACAUUAUCAAAAAGGCAGCCACCGACCUGGGCAAAGUUGUUGGUAAAGUAGAUGUCACGAGUAACUAUGACAAUUCGAAAGAUAAACUCACCAGAUUGUGCCAUUCGACAAGUCAUCCGUUUUUGUUGGCGGGCAGCGAGGACGGACACGUGUUUGUAUAUGAUUCGACAGACUUGUCUUCAAAUAAACUCAAGUUCAAAGUUAGUCAAGUACACGAUGACUCUAUCAAUCAUAUUUUGCUGAUGUCUCAGUCACCUUACCAUUAUCUUACACUCGGCUCAACCACCUUGGCUCAUAUUGAUAUCAGAAAGGGGAUCAUAACUCAAUCCGAUGACCAAGAGGACGAAUUGUUGGCGAUGUCGUACACUACUGAUGAAUUGGGAGACGGCAAAGCUGACACUGUGUUGGUUAGCCAUGGGGAAGGAAUUGUUACCAUUUGGAGAAAUUCUAAAAAUAACCUAAUGGAUCAGUUGUCACGUAUCAAAAUCAACAAAACAGCAUCGAUUGACGCAAUUGUGCCCACAAUGAACAACGAUUCGGAGGAGUUAGCCCACUCAGUUUGGUGUGGAGAUAGCGAUGGUUUGCUUCAUCGCAUCAAUUAUAAAAGAGGGAAGGUCGUUGAAACUCGAGUACACUCCACAGUACUGGGGAAAUACGGACCUGUUGAUGAAGUUAGUAUGUUGGAUAUUGAUUUUGAGUAUCGAUUGAUAAGUGCUGGAAUGGAUAGAUUAAAGCUAUGGUCAAAUAAGGAGACUGAUGAUGUCGAUGAGGGUGAUGAUAGUGACGACAACCUCAGUGAUAGUGAGAAUGGGUCUGGAUCUUCUAUGAGUGAAGUCUUAACCAGCGGUGAUUCUGGACUUGACCUGGAGGACGAGGAUGACAAUGAUGCAAAUGAGGGCAGUGAGGUAGAUGAUGUAGAAGAGCUAUCAGAAGAUGGUGAUGAUGUGGAUGAAGAUACAAAAGAUAUACCUCCUGCUUACAAACGUAAAAGGAGGGACUUUUCCGAGCUUAUCACCAAACCUAAAACCAAAGCCAUUGAUAUCAACAAGCUCACAAAACACGAUGGUACAGAGAAUGACACAUCUCAGCCACAACUGAAGAAACAAAAGACAAAAGAAAAGAAGCUCACCACCAAGCAAAUAAGAAACAUGCAGAAGCACGAACACGGUAUACGAAGGUUUGAAGGGCUCUAG